AUGAUUUUCCCAGACGGCUGGGACGCAGAGGUGAUUCGAGACAUGUGUGGGGAGCAGACAGGGAAGUACUCGCUGGGCGACUGCUCCGUGCGCUGGGCCUACAUGCUGGCCAUCAUGGGCAUCCUGGACGCCCUCAUUCUGUCCUUCUUGGCCUUUGUCUUGGGAAACCGCCAGACGGACUUCUACCUGGAUGACCUGCAGACAGACAACAAAGACUUUGCCGUGUCGAGGAUCGAGGUCCGGGACAGAAGAGAGCCGCGAUACGGGGUGCAGCGCCUUCACUGA